GAUCUAUGGACUAGAACCGGUGAUCAAAAGAUUCUCAUACGGAGACCUGUGACCACAGCAGAUUGGUCGGUCUUCGAGCGAUACUCAUCUCGAGUGCAAAUCCUGGGAGAUACCGAUUCAGAUAUCCUCGGAGGCAUAGAUGCGGAGUUCAUAUACGCCGUGAUGAGUUUUUGUUCACAGUCGCUCCUGGUGCCGAACCUUCAGGUACUCUACUGCAGAGGAUAUCCUCGUGAUCUCCAUUUAUGUAUGCGUUACCUCCUGGGUUCUAACCUCAUCUAUCUCUGUCUGCUUCCGCCAUCAGGAGAUUUUUGGACCAGCAGCAUGUCUUCAGUGUUAUCAGGUCUCGGUAGGCACUCACCACGACUGGAAGUCGUUGAAGUCAUACAAUGUCAAGUGCCUCCUAAUGUCGCUGAGCUUGCUCUCUGUGGGUUCCCGCACUUACGGAAGGCAUCACUCGUCUUGCCCAACGUCGGAGAUUCGUCCUGGCUAUCCCGUCUCGUAGGCCUUCAGGAAUUAUAUAUCCACUUCGCGGGACUUUUCUUUCCCGUCUUGAAGUAUCAACUCCGUACCUGUACCCUGGACAAAUUGGUCAUCGGCUCGCGUAAUCUGACCAUCACCGCAACUAUAGUAGAAGAGUGGGUCGUUCCAUGCAGAGAGCUGCAGCUCAAUUGCACUUGUGCUGAAUCUGCGGUCGCCUUUGAAAAUGCUCUUCGCUCUUUGGACAAUCGUCUACUUUGCGAUGUUCUCGAGCGUAUUUUACUAGACGUAGGCAACCUCGAUGAACAUAUCGACAACUUUUUCACCCUCCGCACAUUCACUCCACUCAUGCGCUUCUCCGGGCUGAAAGAGGUUGAUCUUUCGUCAUUGUGUAUAUCAUUGCUCGAUGAUCAUGCACUCGGUUCGAUCGUCGAGUCCUGGCCACGCCUCGAGUGCCUUCAUCUUGGGACCAAAUAUUUAUGGAAGACACCACCCAAAAUCACAUUUCGGGGCUUUGUAACCGUGCUAUCGUCUUGCCCGGAUCUCAGGGAACUUGGUUUGGUAUUCAAUGCCAAGAAGGUAGAUCCGCCUACGGAUGAGAAACCAGGAGGCGGGAUUUGCAACACAAAUAUUACCACUUUUGAUGUCGGGUUCUCUCCGAUUGAAAAACCACUGCCAGUCGCCAUCGCGCUUUCGGCGAUCUUGCCGUACUUGAGAAAGAUCGACGUCGAGUUCGGCCCAAGGAAUACCGACCUAAAGGCACGAGAGGCUAAGUGGAGGGAGGUAUUGGAACACAUUAGGGUUUGCAUGUUCGACACCGCGGGUUUGGAGUUCAAUGUUAUGAUGCAGAGAAGAUCUAUUCGAAGAGCUACUACUUACAAAGAUUUCCUCCACGUGUUCCAUCUGACGAGUGGAACAGGUUCAAAUACUACAAGCGAAGUGAGGAGGAAGAACUCAGUCUUAGUUUGAAAAAGGGGAACAAUAGUUGAGACAGUGAAGAAGUGGUCGAAACAGAAGUGGUCGAGUAACAGAUGUCUCGUGAUAGUCCAAAGAUACUUACCUAUGAUGGAGAAUGCCUUCCUCUCGUAGGAAAAGUAUCCUUAGUAGUAGACA